CACAGAUUAAUUAUAGGAGCAUAGCCCACACAGGACAAACACACAGAUUAAUUAUAGGAGCAUAGCCCACACAGGACAAACACACAGAUUCAUUAUAGGAGCAUAGCCCACACAGGACAAACACACAGAUUAAUUAUAGGAGCAUAGCCCACACAGGACAAACACACAGAUUAAUUAUAGGAGCAUAGCCCACACAGGACAAGUGUUCAAGUAGACCAACCUGUUUGAUAUUCUGUCUGUGGUUUAGGACAAAGAUAUAUGUCUGAUUAUGUGCAGAGUUGAACUGGCACACUGCAGUCCACAUACACUGAGUAUACAAAACAUUUAAGUGCCUUUGAACAGGGUAUGGUAGUAGGUGCCAGGUUUGUGUCAAGAACUGCAACGCUGCUGGAUUUUUCACGCUCAACAAUUUCCUAUGUGUGCCAAAGGACUUCCAGUCAACUGUGAGAAGCAUUGGAGUCAACAUGGGCCAGCAUCCCUGUGGAACACUUUAGACACCUUGUAGAGUCCAUGCCCUGAAUAACUGAGGCUGUUCUGAGGGGGGGUGAAUUGAAAUUGACUUAACUAGUAAUCAAACAUUAAUCAAACACUACUUUUGAUAAAACAUUGUAGGUGUGAGGUCAUAUAGAAUGUAUUCAGUUGUCUGAUAAGGUUAUGGUAAAAGGAAUGAAUGGAUUGAGUUGGUCACAACACUACUUUAAACACUGACUUUACUGGUGAUGUUACGGAGAUUGUAGGCCUAUAAAAAUAAGGAAUGAUAUUACUUUAUGUGACAAGUAGGUUAUGGGUAAAGAAUGUACUGAUUGAGUCGUUCAGGGUGUAAGCGAUUCCUAUUGGAGAGGACGCAGCCCUGUGGGCGUGGCUGUCUACAGUAAGCGGCCAAGGUGUUGUUAUUCGGUAUGGUUAGGAGCCGGAGCAAGAAGACGCACGAGGGAAGACAGUCGUGGAGUGUAGAUUUUUUUUUCUGAGAACAGGAGGCUGUUUCGCUAAAUAUUGUUUAAAGAAAAAGUGUGGCGCAAGGAUUAGGCGUUGCUGCCUGAAAUUCCGUCUGCAUUAUCGAGUCGAAAUGGACUUUAUUUGAUUGCACCGGAGGCGCGUUUCCUAAAGGUACACUGGGAGUGAAUUUAGUGGUGGCAAGAUUUAUCAGAUGGCGCUUCUCUUUGAUUGGCAUUGCAUAUUGAUGAGGUAGCUUACAUUUUCCCGUGUGAUCGACUUGCGUUGGAGGAGCUUCCAUGGCGACCAUGACGCACAUCUGCCCUCUUUACAUCAGCGUUCUGUGCCUGCUCCUGCUGAUGCGCGCACUACCGGUGCGCGCUGCCUCCAAGGCCAUCGUGUGUGAACCCAUCACGGUCCCCAUGUGCAAAGGCAUCGGCUACAACCUGACCUACACGCCCAACCAGUUUAACCACGACACUCAGGAUGAGGUGGGGCUGGAGGUGCACCAGUUCUGGCCGCUGGUGCGCAUCCACUGUUCCCCUGACCUGCUCUUCUUCCUCUGCAGCAUGUACACCCCAAUCUGCAUCCCGGACUAUCGCAAGCCUCUGCCUCCGUGCCGCUCCGUGUGCGAGCGGGCCAAGCGCGGCUGCUCCCCCCUGAUGAGCCAGUAUGGGUUUGAAUGGCCCGAGAGGAUGAGCUGCGAGGGGCUGCCAGAGCUGGGUGAUGCUGACCUCCUCUGUAUGGACCGGAACAGCAGUGACGCCACUACUCUGUCCCCAGGCCCGGCCUUCCCCCCGAAGCCUACCCCCAAGGCCCCCUACCGCAACCCAGCCCGCCGCAGGCCGCAUCUCCUGCCCAAACCCCACCACAGUCACCACCACCAGGACUGUGAACAACGCGGCUGCCGCUGUCGCCACCCCCUGGUGUCCGUCAAGCAUGAGGCCCGCUCACUGUACGGCCGCGGCGUCCACACAGGCCCCGUGGAGAACUGCGCCCAGCCCUGCCGUCAGCCCUACUUCACCCCGGACGAACACGCCUUCACCUCCCUCUGGAUCGGCCUGUGGUCGGUCCUCUGCUUCGUCUCAACCUUAACUACGGUGGUCACAUUCCUGAUUGACCGCGACCGCUUCUCCUACCCCGAGCUGCCUAUCGUCUACCUGGCUGCCUGCUACCUCUUCAUCUCCCUGGGAUACAUGGUGCGGCUGGCGGCGGGCCACGAGCGUGUGGCGUGCUCCGAGGACGGCGGGCACGUGCUGUACGACGCUUCGGGCCCUGCCGGCCUGUGCACCUUGGUGUUCCUGCUGGUCUACUUCUUUGGCAUGGCCGGCGCAAUCUGGUGGGUGGUGCUCUCGCUCACCUGGUUCCUGGCGGCGGGUAUGAAGUGGGGCAACGAGGCCAUCGCCGGGUACUCGCAGUACUUCCACCUGGCCGCCUGGCUGGUGCCCAGCGUCAAGACCAUCGCCGUGCUGGCCCUGAGCGCUGCUGACGGAGACCCUGUGGCAGGGAUAUGCUACGUGGGCAACCAGAGUGUGGAGAGCCUGCGGGGCUUCGUGCUUGCUCCCCUGGUGGUCUACCUCUUCACAGGCUCCCUCUUCCUCCUAGCGGGGUUUGUGUCGUUGUUCCGCAUCCGCAGCGUCAUCAAGCAGGGGGGGACCAAGACGGACAAGCUGGAGAAGCUGAUGUUAAGGCUGGGCCUCUUUACCGUCCUCUACACGGUCCCUGCCGCGGUGGUGGUGGCCUGUCUGGUGUACGAGCAGCACCUCAGGCCGCAGUGGGACAGGGGUCUUUCCUGCUCCUGCCAGGCUGAGAGAGAGAGGCUAAGCCUAGGGCCAGACCACGCCAUCUUCAUGCUGAAGUACUUUAUGAGCCUGGUGGUUGGGAUCACCUCGGGGGUGUGGGUGUGGUCGGGGAAGACUCUGGAGUCGUGGAGGAGGUUCCUGGGAAGGUGCUGUUGUUCAUGUCCCUGCUGGGGUCACAAACCGUCCAGCGCAUCAGUAUACAGCGAGGCCAGCACAUCCCUCACGACACGCACCGGGCUGCUCCCCUCGCAGUCUGAGCACAAGUCCCUGUCGCACCCAUCUGUGUGACCAGACUGGAUGGACGCUUGUCAGACUCAUGGUGCUCCACAGAGAGUGACUGGAUGGACGCUUGUCAGACUCAUGGUGCUCCACAGAGAGUGACUGGAUGGACGCUUGUCAGACUCAUGGUGCUUCACAGAGAGUGACUGGAUGGACGCUUGUCAGACUCAUGGUGCUUCACAGAGAGUGACUGGAUGGAUGCUUGUCAGACUCAUGGUGCUCCACAGAGAGUGACUGGAUGGAUGCUUGUCAGACUCAUGGUGCUCCACAGAGAGUGACUGUAUGGAUGCUUGUCAGACUCAUG